AUGGAGGCCCUUCACGAAGGCCUGUCGAGACUUAUCCGUGUUUUGGUCUUCGUCGGCCUCUUCCUUGUUGCCUACGUCUACGGCCUGGAUGGCCUACCGUACGCUACCGCUUCCUACAAGACCCACAGCCUUCUUGUGACCGUCGAUAUACUACGAGCUGUGGUUGCAGCAGCUAUUCAGCCCACUGCAGCCAAGAUCGCAGACGUCAUUGGGAGACCCGAAUUGAUUGUCGUGUCAAUCUUCUUUUACACCAUUGGUAUGAAGGGUGCUUUCCAGCGUCAGCUCAUAGCCACUAAUCCGGUUCAAGGCACUGUGGUCGAGACUUGUUCCAAAACAGUCGAACGGUUUGCUGCAGGUGCGGUGCUAUAUCAGGUUGGCUACACACUUAUCGUACUGCUCGUCGAAAUACUCGUGGGGGAUCUCUCAUCCCUGCGAAGCCGUUUGCUGUGCUCCUAUAUACCUGCGAUUCCUUUCAUUAUCAAUACUUGGGUUAGUGGAGAUGUUGCUGCAGCUGUUCUGCGUGCGACUAAUUGGCGAUGGGGAGUCGGCAUGUUUUCGGUUAUCUAUCCAGUUAACGAAACAUCAUCAGUCUGCACUGUUCCCCUGAUGUCUACGCUAUUCAUUUCCCAAUACGUGAUAAAGCGGAACGGAGACUACAACGGGGCUCAGAGAAUCCAUGGCGCCUGGCGCGUGACCAAGGGAUUAUUCUGGUAUAUGGAUGUGAUUAGGAUGAUACUGCUGAUUGCAUGUAUCUCCCUCAUACUAGUUCCCUUCACCAUUGCCGAGGGCUUCAGUGAGCGUUGGAAACAGGCCAAAGUGAUUACACCUCUAGUAUUUGGGAUACUAUGUAUACCGGCCUUCAUUUACUGGGAGCGAAAAUGUGCCCAUCCCUUAGUCCCGUUCAAACUACUAAGGGAUCGAGCUGUCUGGGGAGCAUUAGGAAUUGCGGUGAUGCUUAAUACAGUCGAUAAAGCCUGGGCCUUGCAGGCGAGCUACCUGUAUACUGUGCUCGUUGUCAGCUUUGGCGAGAGCAUCAGUAGUGCGACGAGGAUACACUCGCUCUACAGCUUUGCCUCCGUUGUCACUGGCUUCGUACUAGGCUUCGUUGUAUACGGAGUCAGACGCCUCAAGCCGUUCAUUGUUGCAGGUACCAUCUUGUUCAUGGUUUCGUUUGGCCUAUUGAUUCACUGUCGCGGGGGGCAUGCUGGUGGACUCUUUCCAUAUCCGGCCCAAGCAAGCAUUCAGGCUGCUACCAAACAUGAGCACCUCGCUGUCGUGACCGCACUCUUCAUGUCUUGCUACAACAUUGGCAGCGCUCUUGGUGGCACCAUCUCCGGGGCCAUCUGGACGCAAGUUCUUCACAGGCAGCUGGAAAUCCGGUUGAACAACGCCACUCUGGCGGCCGAGGUAUACGCAGACCCGUUCACGUUCAGCCUGCAGCACCCCAUGGGAAAACCCGCCAGGGAAGCAGUCGUUGAUGCCUAUAGGGAUGCGCAGAAGCUGCUGUGUAUCACCGGCAUAUGUCUAACCGUGCCACUGAUCGCGUUCGCUCUCUGCACCCGGAACACGCGGCUCACCAACGGGCAGAGCUUGGCGAAUGCUGAGGAGGAUUCGGAGUAGUGUUAUGUGUUGCAGAGAGCGGAGCCUGUAUCUUAGAGCUUUGGUGUGCUCUGGGAAGGCAAGGGUGGUUUCUGACUACAGUGAUCUGGUCACGGCGUCACUGUUCGUUGGGGGUUAUUCU